AUGUCAACUACAACUACAACAUCAUACAUCAAUCUUGAUGGAUAUAACUUGUCAAUUCAAGAUUUGGUCAAUAUUGGAUAUAAUGGAUACAAGGUGCGCAUUACUCCAGAGGUCGAAACAAUCAUUAUAAAGGGUCGUGAAGUCAUCGAUAACAUCUUGGCCUCAAACAAAGUUGUCUAUGGUAUCAACACUGGCUUUGGUCUCUUCUCCGAUGUGACAAUCCCAAAUGAUCAGAUCAAGUUACUACAAGAGAACCUUAUUAGAUCACAUUCAAGUGGUGUUGGUACACCUUUGACUCCAGCAAGAACAAGGAUGCUGUUCGCAUUGAGAAUCAAUGUGUUGGCAAAGGGAUACAGUGGAAUAUCAUUGGAGACGGUGCAGCGCGCAAUCAAUAUACUUAAUGCCGACUGUUUGCCAUUGAUUCCAGAGAAGGGUACGGUGGGCGCAUCGGGCGAUCUCGCUCCACUCGCACAUCUCGCCCAAGGAUUGAUGGGCGAGGGUCCAAUGUUGGACUGCUCCACUGGCCUUGUUGGUAACGCCGGCGAUAUCCUGGCCGCACACAAGCUUCAACCAAUCGACCUAAAGGCAAAGGAGGGUCUGGCACUCAUCAACGGCACACAGCUCAUCUCGUCGCUCGGCUCCGAAGCCUUGCAGCGCAGCAAGGUGCUCGCCGAGACCGCCGACAUUAUCGCCGCCAUCACUCUCGAGGUGCUCAAGGGCACCGUCGUGGCCUUCCACCCAGCCAUCCAUGAGGCCCGUCCACACACUGGCCAAAAGGCCGUCGCUGCCUUUAUGCGCUCUCUCCUGCAUAAUGAGGAGCAGGGCGGCUUCCGCUCAGAGAUCUCAGAGAGCCAUCGCGACUGUGGACGCGUCCAAGAUAGCUACACACUGCGCUGCAUCCCCCAAGUGCACGGAGUUGUUCGCGACACCAUCACCUUUGUUGAGGGCAUCCUCACCACAGAGCUCAACAGCGCCACUGACAACCCAAUGGUGUUCACAAGCAUGAACACAACCAUGUCUGGAGGCAACUUCCACGGCGAGUACCCCGCCAAGGUGCUCGACUACCUGGCAAUCGCUGUGCACGAGCUGUCCAGCAUCAGUGAGCGUCGUGUCGAGCGUCUGGUCAACCACCACCUCAGCGGCCUGCCAGCUUUCCUUGUCAAGGAGGGAGGUCUCAACUCUGGAUACAUGAUUGCCCAUUGCACUGCCGCCGCACUCGUCUCGGAGAACAAGACUUUGUGCCAUCCAGCAUCAGUCGACUCGCUCAGCACCAGUGCCGCCAAAGAGGACCACGUGUCCAUGGGUGGCUGGUCUGCUCGCAAGGCUCUGAUGGUCGUCGAUAACGUCGAGAACGUGCUGGCCAUCGAGCUGCUGGCCAACAUCCAGGCGCUGGACUUCCUUCGCCCACACAAGACCACCGAGCCACUCGAGGCUGUCUAUCGUCUUGUGCGUUCAAAGGUCUCGUUCAUGGAGCGUGACCGUUUCCUCCAGCCCGACAUUGAGGCUGUCAACAAACUCAUCACCAGUGGACAGGUGCUCAACGUCGUCAAGGCAUGCUUGUCAAAGAAAGAAUGA